CAUUGAAACAGUGGGUCAAUAACAAAGCCUCCCGCGAUAGGAGCAUGGGUUAUCCAGGGGGCCCGGACACCCCCUGCCUAGCUUGUAUCGAGGCUCAGCGACGCGCGCCUAUCUACCGGCCCCCUUCCUAGCUGCCUCGCUAGUACCCAAGCGACUACCUCGCUGUUCAGACGCGAUAUCAGUAAAAACAAUGGACGACACAUUAAUCGCAGCUGUGUACAGACGGGAGCCAUUAUGGGAUCCGGCCCAUAAGCUACACAGACACGUAAAUGUACUAAAGAGCUUGUGGGAAGAAGUGGCCGAGGAAACUGGCAGAGAUGUCAAAACCAUAAAGACGCGCUGGAAGAACCUAAGAGCGUACUACGUCAAAGAGUGCCAGAAGAUGCCCAAGGGCAUACCUAAAACCGGCAUCAAAAUGGAUAACACGGCCAGCUCGUGGCAAUACUUCAAUGCCCUGACCUUUCUCGGAUCAACAUUAUCUAGUAUAGAAAAACACGUGGUUGACGACAACACUGACGAUAGCAACUCCACCUCUGUAGUAGAUGUCGACGACUCUUUCGACGCAUAUCAGGAACAGCUAUACCCCAUAGUCAACAUUGAAUCGGGCUACGAAUAUCGUGCACCAUCUCCGUCGUGUAAAAGACUUCGGACGUCUAAUAACGAGCCAAUAGAUGUACAAAAGGAUGACCUGGAGAGGACGAAAAUAGAAUUGCUUCAACAAGACGCGGUUAGGAGAAAUAAUGACGAUCUACUGUUCUUUGAGAGUCUUUUGCCUUAUGUGAGGGAUAUUCCUUUAGUGCGCAAACUUAGACUCAGAUCUGCUAUACAAGAUUUAAUUACUAAGGAACUUGAAGAACUUGCGAAAAGCAAUGGCAAUGGAUAAUAUUAGUAUAAGUAUCUAUAAAUUGUUAUAAUAAUUAUUAUUAAACUUUCGAUAUUAACAUAUUAAAUUUGUGUAUGACUUUGCGGCUGAUACUAUUGCGCGAAUUACGUAAGGAGUGCCAAAUUUUACGUUAAUUUACACCAAUGUCAUUUCACGGCUGUUUAUCGCGAAAAUUAAAAUAUAGAGGAUUGAAAGCAUUUGCUUCAAAUAUAGUAACUAACUAGCUGCGGCCCGGAGCUUCUCUCCCGUGGGAAUUUCGGGAUAAAAAGUACUCUAUGUUUAAUUUCAGGUUAUUUUCUACCCGUGUGCCAAAUUUCAUAACAAUGGGUAACGUAUACUAUCUAGUAGAUAGUGCUUGAAGAGAAAAAAAAAACAAACAAACUUACUUUCGCAUUUAUAAUAUUAGUUGGGAUAUAACGGCUUAAUAAGCUUAAUGGCCUUACUUGCAUUUUAAUUUAAUUAGCAGCGGUUGCUUAAUUAUACCAGAUAGUUCUUUGAUUUGAAACCGCUUUGGACAGCAAACAUCAUUCCUGUUUUGUGUUUUAAAUGCUUAGUUAGUUUUUGAAUAAUCAUAUUAUUUUUUACCGCAAUCACAACUUUCAUUGUAUAAAAUAAAACGUAUACUGAUUCAGUUUCAUUUUUACCGAAUAUAAAAAACGCGUUCGCCAAAGACACAGUAAAAUAAUGCGAUCCCCAUGUCUGGUUCUUAUUUGGAUGCAGUAUAAGUUUUAGUAAAAUAUAUAACUUUAUUGAAAUAGAACCUUCGAAAAAUAGGUGUUCACAGAGUAGUAGUAAUAGGAGGAAAAAAGCAUUAAAUUAUUUCAAAAAACCGUGUUC